AUGACGGGGCUGUACGAGCUGGUGUGGCGGGUGCUGCACGCUCUGCUCUGCCUGCACCGCACGCUCACCUACUGGCUCCGCGUGCGGUUCGGCACCUGGACCUGGAUCUGGCGGCGCUGCUGCCGCGCCGCCUCCGCCGCGGUCCUAGCGCCGCUUGGGUUCACGCUCCGCAAGCCCCCGGCCGCGGCGGGCAGGCACCGGCGGCCGCCCCGGCACCCCCCGCGCGGGGGGCCCGGCCCGGGCGCCCCCCACCCGCGGCUGCGCUGGCGCGCGGACGGCCGGUCGCUGGAGAAGUUGCCGGUGCACAUGGGCCUGGUGGUCACCGAGGAGGAGCCCGAGACCAGCUUCUCGGACAUCGCGAGCCUCGUGGUGUGGUGCAUGGCCGUGGGCAUCUCCUACAUCAGCGUCUACGACCACCAAGGUAUUUUCAAAAGAAAUAAUUCCAGAUUGAUGGAUGAAAUUUUAAAACAACAGCAGGAACUUCUGGGCUUAGAUUGUUCUAAAUACUCAACAGAGUUUGCAAAUAGUAAUGACAAAGAUGAUCAAGUUUUAAAUUGCCAAGUGGCGGUGAAGGUCCUGUCCCCGGAAGAUGGAAAAGCAGAUAUCGUACGAGCUGCUCAGGAAUUUUGCCAGUUAGUAGCCCAGCAGCAAAGUAAAUCCACAGAUUUGGAUGUGCAAAUGUUAGACAGUUUACUUAGUUCAAAUGGUUUUCCUGAUCCUGAUGUAGUACUGAAGUUUGGGCCUGUGGAGAGCACGUUAGGCUACCUUCCCUGGCACAUCCGAUUGACUGAGAUUAUCUCCUUGCCUUCCCACCUGAACAUCAGCUAUGAGGACUUUUUCUCCGCCCUGCGCCAGUAUGCAGCGUGCGAACAGCGUCUGGGAAAGUAG